AUGGACAAGUCGGGUGCUUCGCUGGAGUCCUGGCUGCGCUCCUGGCUGGACGGCCCGGCAGAGGUUCAGGACUCCGUUCAUGCACCGCCAUCGGCGACGCGGUGUGGCUGGAGAGAGUUUCAUGCUCAGCAUGAAAGGCAUCGCCGUGGUGCCCUGCCAACAGCUUUGCCAGGCUCAGCCUUUGCCACAGCGCUCGGCGAUCUUGCAUUGACAGACGCAAGCGGCUUCUCUUUGUUGCAUCAUGCGGCUGUCGCUGCUGCCCCGGCUGCGCUGGCAGCACUACUCUCCGCACGACGUGAUGACUAUGCCAGGCAGCCCCAGCUCGUGAAUGCUGUGAAUCAGCACGGAGACACACCCCUCAGUUUGGCAGUGGACAAUCAAAGCUUGGCUUUGCUGUUGGAGUUACGCGCUGAUCCUGCGAUGCGGCCGGGCUGCUGUCCCGGUGCACUGCUGGCUGCGGCUGCGCGAUGCAUGGAUGAUGAGUUUCUCCUGUCACAGCUGGAAUCUGGAAAUUUGCAUGAGCGAAAUGAAUUCGGUGCAACGGCUCUUCACCAUGCAGCACGCUGUAGUCACCAGCAAAGCCUCACUUUGCUUCAACACGGUGCUGCAAGCGACGUGCGUGACGCGGAUGGUCGCACUCCACUGCACUUCGCGCGUAAUGCUAACGUGGUUCGCGGGCUGCUGCUGGCCCGCUCAGAUCUAAAUGCCAGAGACGUCGAUGCCUCGACUCCUUUGCAUUUGGCCUCCACGCGGCGCGGAGGGGCCCCGGUUGUGGCAGCGCUGCUGGCUGCUCGCGCAGAUCCGGAGGCACGAGAUUCCGCCGGACUCACUGCGGCCGACCGAACCAAGCAGAAGGACGUCCUGGAUCUCUUGGCACAUGCCGGUCCUUCACCAGCCUGCGCGGUUGAGACAAAAGACGUGCUGUGCAGAGGGAGUGUGGUGGGAAAGUGGAUCCUGGAUCCCAAGGAUGGCAGGGAGGCACCAGGAUCCUCGAUCCUUGUGCCAAGUGCUUGGACUCGCGCUUCGCGAAAGACUGGAACAGAAGAGACGGUGGCACCUGCCGAGUCUUUUGAAGAGUACGAGAUCGCCAGCUUUCAGUAUUUCGAGGCUAUGACUGCUCCUGAGGAUGUGCUUAAGCAAUCAGGUUGCCAGAUAUUUGUCGUGGACGGUGGAAAGUACUCGCCCAUGGCUGUGAUACCAGACCGUCGAGCUCUCUAUGACUUCGACUGGCAAGGAGUGAAGCCACCCGGCCAUCACUUGAAAGAUCUUGUGAUCUAUGAGACUCAUGUGCGAGGAUUCACCCGGAAUCCAGACAGCAAGCUGCAGGAUUGGGACGCCACAGCAGGUACAUUCCUAGGCUUCAUUCAGAAGAUCCCGCACUUGCUAAAGCUCGGAAUCAAUGCAGUGGAGCUGCUGCCAGUCUACGAGUUCGAUGAGACUGCCUGCCCCAGGAAGAAUCCACACAAUGGCGAACAGCUUUGCCACUUUUGGGGCUACUCCACGGUCAACUUCUACGUUCCGAUGCAGCGAUUCUCCUCCAGAGAUCGGAUUGGCGCUGCAAUCGUCGGCUUUAAGACCAUGGUGAGAGAGCUGCACCGUGUGGGCAUCGAAGUGAUCCUCGACGUGGUCUUCAAUCACACAGCCGAAGGUGCAUGGGGCGAGCACCACUGGCACAGCUGGGCUGCUAUUGCCAAGGAACGCUACUACAUUCUUAACCGCGGUCACGACACCAACUACACAGGUUGCGGAAACACUGUCAGUGCCAAUGACCCCAUGACCUGCGACUGGAUUGUAGACUGCCUUUGCUACUGGGUGGAGGAAAUGCACGUGGACGGCUUCCGUUUCGACCUGGCUUCCGCGCUCACCCGCGGAGGGGACGGCAAGGUCUCCAUGGACCCUCUGCUCAUGCGGAAGAUGGCCCAAGAGCCGAAGCUCUCGCGAGCCAAGUUCAUCGCGGAAGCGUGGGAUUGCUCCUGGCCAGACGGUUACCUCGUGGGCAAGUUUCCAUCGGGCGGGCCUCCGAGAUGGGCUGAGUGGAACGGCAUCUUCCGGGAUACCAUUCGAUGUUUCAUCAAAGGGGACGCUGGGAAAACGGGCGACUUCGCAACGAGGAUUUGCGGCAGCUCUGACCUCUUCAAGCACAAUGGCAGAAAGCCGUUCCAUUCGAUCAACUUCAUCACAGCCCACGACGGAUUCACCCUCAAGGAUCUGGUGUCUUACAACGGGAAGCACAACACGUGCAAUGGCGAGAACAGCGGCGACGACCACAACAACUCCUGGAACUGUGGUGCAGAAGGUGACACAGGCGAGGGGCACGUCAAGCAUCUCCGCCAGAAGCAGAUGAGGAACUUCAUGGUGGCUCUCUUUAUGAGUGCAGGAACUCCAAUGAUCCUUUAUGGAGACGAGUAUGGGAGAUCUCAGAAAGGUUGCAACAACGGCUGGUGCCAGGAUGCCCGCUGCUGGUUCUCUUGGAGCGACGCAGCGAAAGAGGACAGCAAGCUCAACCGCUUCGUUCGUCUACUUAUCAACUUGAGGAAGCAAUACUCCGGGAUAUUUAACCGGACGGAGUUCUUGACCAACAAGGACAUUUGGUGGCGUGUACAUUGGGACGAUCCAUACAACUACAUCUGCUACGUUUUGCACGACCAUCACGCCACCGGGAAGGGCUAUGCUGGACUCUUGGUUGCCUUCAAUGCCGGCCACGAGGUUCGAUCGUGCGAUCUGCCCGCAGACAAGCCAUGGUAUCGAAUCAUUGACACCAACCUGGCGCCACCGAAUGAUAUCUGCGAGAAUGAAGCCUCGAUGGUAAAGAUUUCUUCGCGCGACUACGUGAUGCAACCGUACAGCUGCAUCGUUCUCAAAACGUAUUCUGACAAGGCGUCCAUCAAGCAGUAUGCCGACGCCGAGUAUGGCGCCGAUCAGGACCUCAACGCGCACAUGAAGGCAGUCAUCACCCGGCGCAUGUCCAUGGAGUUCACGUCGACUGUGGAAGGACCAUCUUUAGAAGAAGUGGGUCGGAAGCAGAGCGACGAAGCCAUGGGUCGUGUGGCGUCAAUGGUGCGCAUGCGAUCUUUAAUGUCAGGCCAGGCGCUGCUUGGGUUUAGUGUGUAG